AUGCACCUUCUGGGAGUCCUGCAGCGCGGGUACGCUAUUCGCCGGCCCAUCGAUCUCGCUAUUCUGCGACCAGGGGUACUGCAAUACCGCUGUGCUUGUGAGGACCGUGGGUGCGGACUCGGGUGCGAGUUACCUGGGCUGUUGGGCGACGAGUCUGGGCGAGGCUGCGUUUACGAUUAUAGGGAAUGUGGGAGGUGA